ACCAGUCGAACCGAGACACCAGCUUGGAUUGCAUUGCAGUGAUAUCGAUAUAGAGCGGAAUAGAGAUCCCGUCAUGAAGUACCUAAUGUUAAUUGCCCUUUUUGUGGUCGCUGCUUCGGCGACGGACAACGAUGAUCCGAUUUCCCAGGAAUCCAAUGUGGAGUACAAUGGCAAAUACCAUUAUCAUUAUGAGCUCAAAGAUGGCUCGAAGGCCACUCAGGAUGGAGUCUUGAAGUCCGUGAAUGCCGAUCACAACGGGGAGUCGGUCAAUGGAAAGUACUCCUUCGUCGCCGACGAUGGAAAGACCUAUGUUGUGUCCUACACGGCGGACGAGAACGGAUACCUUGCGGUGGGUGACCACCUGCCCACACCGCCACCCACGCCGGUGUCCGUUCUGAAGGCUCUGGAGUACAUCCGCCUGCAUCCGUACAAGACGCCCGAGCAGAAGCAAUAAUCAGCCCGCUAGAACUAAGCCAGAAUGUGAUUGGAACCAAAAGAACUGAGAAAAAUAUUAAAAGAUAAUAUCGAAAAACAACAAGUCGAAAUAUUGCGUAGCCGGAAACAAAAGAGUGCAAAUACAUUUCGAUGAUGAUGAGAGAGCUAUUCAGGGCUGUAGCUCGGCAGAGAUCCCCACUUUGCGGAGGCACUGCGUCAUGUGUGCCAAAAUGUGUGUUAAAUUUGCCUUACUUAGCAGUUUUUGGCUCUGCUGGCCAUCUCGCUAAACAAUUACUAAUUGAAAGCUAAAUUGUUAAAUAAGCAAGCAAUCGAAGCCCAAGCAGAGUGGCAAAAAUCUCAAGGCCGUAACCGAAAUCAGUUUAAGUGAGAUUCAGAUUGAGAGGCAGCGCCAUUAGAACUUCGACCAGACAAAAUCAAUGGGUAUUAUGCAAGCCCUACAGAAACCGAAAGUGUGAUUCGGAAUUGUUUAACUCGUUUUAAUUUACAAUAACAUGUUAAUUCUAAAGCCAAACAAACGAAGCGAUUCGAGGAAAAGGUUGGAGAACAUUUCUCUUACCACGAAAUUGAUCAGAUAUGUAUCGAAGAAGAAUUGAAAUUUUU